CGUUUUCCCCCUGUGUUCUGGGAAAGCAGCAGUUUAAGGGGGAAAAACAAGUGUGUGAAGCCAAGGAACGGGUCUGACCUCAGUUACUGGAACUAAGCAAGGUGCUGUUUUUACAGUGUGGGUGCCAAGACAACAUGAACACCACUGAACCAGAUUCCAACUCCACCUCUACACCAUACACAGAAAAUGUCCCUCUGUCCAGCCUUCCAACCACGUGGAUGUCUCCCACCAGCCCACUGCCUCCAUCCCACUCCCCCAGCGUCCUGGACCCAGAGUUCACCAUCAUGGUGGUGCUGGGCUUGUCCCUGCUGCUGGCGGGGUUAGCCGCCUUCCUGGCUGUGUGCCGGCCCUCGCAGCAGGACGGCGGCUCGGAGGCAAGCUGCGCCCCGGGAGGGAGCUUGACCCGGGGAGGAAGGCGGUCCAGCGAGCCCCAGCUCAAGGUGUGGAGGAGGCUGGGGUCAUACCGGCGUUCAUACAACAUCUCCUUCAGACGGCCGCCCCAUCGCAGGCCGUACGAGCGGGAGAGCGCACAAGUGUCCCAGCCUCCGGCCCGACAGACAACGCAGCCAGACGCCAGAAUGGAGCCCCCCCCCACUACGCCUUGUCUGUUUGACUAUGUCACGGAAAUCUGACCAGAGGACAGGCAGGAGGCCGACUGACUGCUUCCCAAAACAAGUAACACACCGGCAAGGACAUUAUUGAUAGCUGUAAAAGGCGAUCCAGAAGUCAUUUUUGGGACUAAUCUCACUGACUGAUUUCACCCUCUGCAGCAGGUAAUGUUUUUAGGUAUGGGUGUGGUUUUUUGCACUAUAUAUAGAGUUAAAAAGAGUAUUUAAUCCAACAACGAAUAAAUUCUCUCGACAAAAAUUGAAUGCAUCAUUAAAUUCACCUUCUGCACUGAAAUAAAUUCCCUCUGAUUUAAUUAAAUUCCAUUUUUUCCAAGCAGAAUGAAAUAAACAGAUGUAAUGCACACAAAUUGUACAAACUAAAUUCUUCCGGCAAGGCACUUGUUCAGAUAAUGACUUCUAUUUUCAUGCCAAUAAAUUGAUUCAUAGUGUG